AACGUCCGACUAUUUAAAAUAUUCGAUAUUGAUGUCAAAAAAUUAUCAAAGAAUAUUAUGCUUAUACAUAAGUUUUAUUGGCAGCAACUUGUUUAUUUUCAACAUUUUUUAUUUUUACCUGAAAAAUCGGAACUAGUUUGGAUCUAUGGUAAUAUUAAAUGUAUAACUGGUUUGCGCACACGACAAUAAUUGUAUUUUUUUGUCUAUACCGAUCUGGGCACUAAUAAAUAGUAAUAAUCAUCGAUAAAGAGUACGGAAAUAAUAUUAAAUUUCCAACAAACAGUACAUUUCGAGAACUUACAAUGUGUGUAAGUACAUUUUAUGACUCUGACUCUAACCUAUAUUUACUGAACAUGGAUUUAGAAAUAAGUAAAGUUUUCGAAUUGCGACGUGGAAAUGUUUCUAUUAGUAUAAAUAAUAUUAUUUAUAUGAUGCAAUGUACGCCCGCGGGUUUAGUACUUUACGCUAUUCCAUUAUUUUUGCAAAGCAAACACAAUGUAACUUAAAAGGAACAGACUAAAACUGUUUAAAACUGUUAUGGGCACCUUUAAUAGAUUCACUCUAUAUACAAAAAAUUGGGAGGCGUAAGUCAUGUCUCAUUCCAAUUCAGCUAUUAAUAGGAAUAUGUUUUUUUUUAUAUGGCUCUCAGUAUCGACGACUUAUUCCUAAAAACGAAUAAAAACCCAAAUAUACUUAAACUAGUAUUUGUGGUGUUUCUAUGUAAUUUCUUGGUCACCACACAAGAUAUUGCAGUUGGUGGUUGGACAUUGACUUUGCUACAAAAAAACAAUGUAGGCUAUUCAUCUACAUGUGCUUCAAUUGGUCAAGUAAUUGGUAUAAUGUGGGGCUCCGUAGCCUUCAUUCUAUUGACGUCGGAAAACUUCAGCAAUAAAUAUUUAAGGAUAACGCCUAAUGCUGGAAGAAUAGUUACCAUGAAAAGAAGACGAACCAACAAAAUCGGUAGUAGAAAACGAAUUGAUUUUGGCCAAAACAAAUUUGAAAGGAGAUUGGCCGAAUAUUUUUCUAUUAUUGUUGCUUUACAUAAUGCAAGGUGUUCCAUUAGGCUUAGUCGCCGGUAUUCCAAUACUUUUGCAAAGCAAACAAAAUGUAACUUACAAUGAACAGGCUUUAAUUGGUCUAGCUGUAUGGCCGUUUAGCUUAAAACUAUUGUGGGCUCCUCUGGUGGAUUCACUCUACAUACAAAACAUUGGGAGGCGUAAGUCUUGGCUCAUUCCAAUUCAGUUUUUAAUAGGGAUAUGUUUUUUUUAUAUGGCUCUCAGUGUCGACGAAUUAUUCCCAGAAACAGAUGAAAAACCGAACAUAAUUAAACUAGCAUUUGUGGUGUUUAUAUGCACUUUAUUGGCCGCCACACAAGAUAUAGCAGUUGAUGGUUGGGCAUUGACUUUGCUGCAAAAAAAUAAUGUAGGCUAUGCAUCAACAUGUGCUGCAGUUGGAUCAGUAAUAGGUACAAUGCUGAGUGCUGCAUCCUUUAUUCUAUUGACGUCAGAAGACUUUAGCAAUAAAUAUUUUAGGAUAACGCCUUAUGCUGGAGGAAUAGUUACCAUGAAAAGUUUAUUUUUGGUCUGGGCCAUUUCGUUUGUGGCAAUUACAAUUUUCAUCGCAAUUUUCAAAAAUGAAAAAGAUGCUAGGUUAGAAGAUGAUCACAUUAAGCUUAAUACAUUUCAAAACUAUAGGCUUUUAUGGGACAUUUUAAAAUUACCCAAUUUUAAAAUAUUAUCAAUAGCAUUGUUGACUUCGGUGAUUGGAUUUGCACCAAGUGAGAAAGUGGUGAACUUGAAACUUAUAGAGAUUGGUGUACCAAAAGACAACAUUAUGAUUAUACUAACAGGAAUGUAUUUUGUAAGCAUUAUUAUACCAGUGAUUGCAGCAAAAUAUACCGCAGGUCCUAAACCGAUGAGCAUAUUCCUUAAUUGUACACCUAUCAAAUUACUUUUGAACUUUAUGUUUCUUAUACUUAUUUAUUAUGGAUCAAAGCUAAUAAAAAAUAAUGGAGUCGUACAUAUUCCAAUGUACUAUUACACGAUGUUAGUGAUUAUAAGAUCAAUAAAUAAUAUUCAAUAUAAUAUUAUGUUAACGGCUUUAGUAGCUUUUUAUUGUCGGAUAAGUGAUGCUCGUUUUGGUGGUACUUACAUGACAUUAUUAAACAGUCUUUCAAACAUAGGAAAUCUAUUGGCAACAUCGGUUUCAUUUGCCAUGGUUGAUUUAUUAACAGUCAUGGAAUGUUCAUUUGACUCAAAGAAUAAUUGUUCUAAUUCACAUCUUCAAAAUGAGUGUAAAUCGAAUGGAGGAGAUUGUAUCACAACAGUGAAUGGUUAUUACGUAGAAUCAGUUAUCUGUACCAUCAUUGGAAUCGUGUGGUAUAUUAUUUUUAAGAAUAAACUCGAAGAAUUGCAAAGUAAGAGUCCAUCUCACUGGGUUGUUAAGAUGAACAUUCAAGAAUCAGAAAAUCACGUUGAUUCUUCCACAUUAGCGGAUACGGUUACUAUGUAGAAAACAUAAUGUCUAAAGCAACCGUCAUCAUUUAGAACGGGAUGUUUAAAAUUAUAUUCAAGGAUUUAAGAAUCUAAAAUCAUUAUUAUUGAAUGGUGGAUGAUGACCUAAUGAGUCAAGAAAAAGUUAAAGCAAAAAAUAAUUUUGUCGUUAUGUCAGCAUUAAAAAUAUUCGAAAUCGAUAUCAAAAAUUAUCAAAUAAUAUUAUCCUUAAGUGUAGGUUUUUUUUUAUAUACAAUUUUAAAAAAUCAAUAAAUAUAGUUAUAUAUUUUAAAUUUUAAAUAACUGAUAAUAAAUUAUGAUGUACAAUUUUACAAUA